ACCACUCGUGAUGGCGCACAAGGCAAUCCAAGUGAUGGGAUUCAACCCCGCAAACCCAGUCUCGGUGUGCCAAGUCGUGACUGUGCAAACUCCGAAGCCCGGGCCAGACGAGGUGCUGCUCAAGAUUCUCUGCCGCCCCGUCAAUCCUUCCGAUGUGGUCUCGUUGAUGGGCAUCUAUCCAGGCGACUACAAGUUCCCGUAUGUCCCUGGCUUCGAAGGAAUGGGAAAGAUUCACGAGGUUGGAGCAAAUGUGAGUGGCUUGAGCGUGGGGCAGCGGGUGUUCCACACUGGACCCGGAGGAACUUGGCAAGAGUUCAUGGUAACUUCGCCGAGGAACUUGACAUUGGUGCCGGAUUCCAUCUCGGACGACGUUGCUGCGCAGUACUACGUGAAUCCGUGGACAGCAUAUGCGAUGCUCCAAUCACUCAAGGUGCCAGAGGGAGAGUACGUACUGCAGACUGCGGCCGCAUCUGUGCUUGGGAGAAUGUUUAUCCAAAUCGCUCGUCACCAAGGCAUCAAGACAAUCAACUUGGUUAGGCGAAACGAGCAAAAGGAAGAGCUUAAAGCACUCGGGGCCGACGUAGUGAUCAACUUCAAAGAGGAAAACGUACUCGAGAUCGUGAGAGAGGUAACCAAAGGAAGGAUGGUUUAUGGAGCUACCGAUUGCCUGGGAGGCAAAACCACAAAGCUUGUGAGCACGACAAUGAGGGACGAAGGCACCAUCUUGGUGUACGGGCUCUUGGACGGCGAGGACAUCAGCGCAAACCCUCCAGACGUGAUCUUUAGGCACGUCCGCGUUCGCGGCUUCCACUUGACCCGCUGGAUCGCGAAGCUCGGCGUCCCCGAGCAAAAGAAGCUCGGUGCGAAGAUCUGGGAGCUCCUGGAGAAGAAGGUGAUCACUCCAUUGACAGGGGAGAAGCUCCCGCUGGAGAAGAUCCAGGAAGCCAUCGUCAAGAGCCAGACACCAGCGAGAGGUGGAAAGAUUCUCCUAACGAGCUACUGAAGAGCUAUCUGUGGAAGAACAAUAAGAACUGUAGGUGGCGAUUUGGUUUUUAUCAUACG